AUGAGCAACCGAAAAUCGACAACAACUGCUGCUAGUGAACUAGCAGCGAUAACCCCCACCAAUAGUACGAUUGUGCUACCCGAACCUACGCGUCGGGCUCUUCAAAAUUUCCUUUUGAUCUGGCUUGAUGCUAAUUUAAACGAAUCCAAUGAAGAUUUCAAGAAAUCAUUACAAAAAAUACAGUAUUUAGUGGCAUCAAUCAAAACAUUUACGGAUGCUGAAGAAUGCAUUGAUUUUCUCAGUGCAAGUAAAAAAGAAAAAGUAUUUAUGAUCGUAUCGGGUUCACUGGGACAGCAUGUAAUACCGAAAAUUCAUGCAUUGCCACAAUUGGAUUCGAUUUAUGUUUUCUGUAGUAAUCAAUCAAUUCAUGAAGAAUGGGCCAGAACAAUGCCUAAAGUUAAAGGUGUGCACACAACAAUCGAAUCAAUUUGUGAAGCAUUACAAAUCGAUCGUAAAAAUAGUGAUCGAGCUAUGAUCUCGAUCAGUUAUAAUGGUAUUGAUAUAUUGUUUACGUAUGCACAAAUAUUAAAAGAAACACUUUUGCAAAUUGAAGACGAUGAUACAAAAUCUCUUAAAGAAUUUGUUGACUACUGUCGUCUUCAAGGUGGUAUUAAUGAAGAUGAAAUUAAUAAGGUCGAGCUCGAAUAUCACCGCUAUACACCCAUUUGGUGGUAUACAGCUCCGUAUUUUAUGCGCUCAAUGCUUAAGCGUGGUUUUCAGCUAAUGGAUGUUGAUAUCAUAGUCAGAAUGAACUUUUUUAUUCGACAUUUACAUCAACAUAUUAAAAACUUACAUCGUGAUCAACAACCAUUUGCCAACACUAGUCCGUUUCAACUUUUUCGAGGUCAAGGUUUAGCAGUGGAAAGUUUUGACAAACUGAAAAAAACCAAGAGUGGACUAAUGUGUUUUAACAGUUUUCUUCCCGCAAGCCGCAAUCGCAGUAUCUCCCUCGAAAAUUUUGCACGACCAGCGGCACUUGCCAACGAUCCUAAUCUAGUUGGCGUACUCUUCGUUAUGAUCAUCGAUCCAAAGCUAUGUGCAAUGUCAUCAAUUCCUUUUGUUGAUGUCAAGAACGUCGGCUUCUUUAAAGGUAAAGAGGGAGAAAUUCUGUUUUCAACACAUACAAUAUUUCGUAUCGAUAAAAUUCAACGCAUUUAUGACGUUCAUACUGAUCGGUUAUAUCAAGUCAAUCUCACUCUUACGGGUAACGAUAAUCAUGAAAUUAACACAUUUACAGCACACAUACGCAAAGAAAUCAAUUUGAAGGCACUACGAGGAUGGUCUCAACUAGGUUUCAUACUUAUUAAACUGGGCGAGCCUGCAAAAGCAGAACGACUGUAUCAGAUCCUCCUUGAAAAGGCAUCUUCCGAUGUAGAUCGAGCCUAUUACAAUCAUCUACUUGGUUCAAUGUAUGACGACAUGGGCGAGUACAAGAAAGCACUCUCAUUUUUCAAAAAAGCACAUGAAAUCAAUCGAAAAACUCUCCCUCCAAGUCAUCCCGAUAUUGUACAAUCGCAAAGAAACAUUGAUAAUAUGAAAAAGAAAUUGUAA